CCCUCAGAACUUCAAUCGAUAGUGCAGUGUCGAAACAGCCUGUUGGGCUCCGGUUAUUUUCCCUUAUUUUCCCGAUUAAUCGUCGUUUUUUCGGUUGAAAUUGUGAAGUAAUUCGCCACGGUGUCGGUGUCAAGUAGCGUACUGCCAGGUGCCAUCACGAUGAAGAUGCUAGCGCCCCACGAUGGUCCCGACAUAGCGCCAGUCGACUCAGCUGGCGAGCUGCACGGUGCUACGCUAUGGCUGGUGGUGUGUGGCGUCGCGGUGCUGGUGGCGGCUGCGCUGGCCGCCCUCGCCUGCUGGAUCGCCCGCCGGAGGAACUCGCUUGCUCACAAACUUGGAGGCAAGCGUGGUCCGGACAAGGCGCUGGUGUUCCAGCCCCCGCGCCGAGCGACUGCUGUCCGCUCCCCAGGCUCAGCCACCCACUACCUGCGCAAGUCCCCGUCACCGACUGCACCCGCGCCACCUGCCUCGUCGCCACCGCAACCCACGCCGCAGACACCAGCUGUGAAUCCUGCUACCACGCCUACCGGUGGCAACAGCCCGCAGUCACCGCUGGCGCCCACCGAGCCGGCCCCGCUCAGCAAGGAGCUCGCCGAUGCUAAUGCUACCGAGAAGACCAAGACUACUGAACCUGAGAGCAAUGAUGGACGUCUUGGAGACCUGCACUUCAAGUUGCGCUAUGAGACGGAGAAGAACGCGCUGGUGGUGUCGGUGGUCUCCUGCCAGAAUCUCCCUGGUCGCGAGCCUGCUGGACCUGAUCCAUACGUCAAGCUACAGCUGCUGCCUGAUAAACAGCAUAAGGUCAAGACCAGGGUUGUCCGCAAGACCCGCUGCCCGGUUUACGAUGAGGACUUUACUUUCUACGGCAUCUACCAGCACCAGAUCUCCCUCAUCACCCUGCACUUUGUUGUCCUCAGCUUUGACAGAUAUUCCCGCGAUGAGAUAAUUGGCGAAGUGGUGGCACCGCUGACGAGCCUGCAGUUGCAGAGUGGCGAGCCCAUGGCCCUUUGUCGCGAGAUCCAACCACGCAGCCUGAAGAUGCGUAGCGUGGGUCGCGGCGAGGUGUUGGUGUCGCUGUGCUGGCAGCCGGCGGCGGCGCGCCUCACCGUCGUGCUGCUCAAGGCGCGCAACCUGCCCAAGAUGGACGUCACCGGACUCGCUGACCCCUACGUGAAAAUGUAUUUGUUGUACAAUGGACAACGCAUCGCAAAGAAGAAAACCCACGUGAAGAAGCGGACGUUGAACCCGGUGUUCAACGAAUCAUUCGUAUUCGAGGUCCCGGCCGCCCCCAACGCAACAUUAGACCACGUGUCCCUCGAGCUGCUCGUGCUCGACUGGGACCGGGUCACUAAAAAUGAGGUGAUCGGUCGACUGGAGCUGGGCGCGGUGGGCGCGGGCAGCGCGCGGCACCACUGGCGCGAGGUGCAGGCGGCGCCGCGCCGGCAGAUCGCCGACUGGCACAAGCUCAAGGAGUGAACGCGACACCUCCCUGCUUGCACCGCCUGAUCUUGUAGCCCCUGGAAUGAUAUAGUUGUUCAUCAGACGAACCGAUUAGGACGAUCUCCCCGAGAGAUCUCAGGGAGAUCUUCACACAUGUAAUUGUCAAGGACUCUUGUAAACAUUUUUUUGUCCCGAAAGAGCUCUAUAACCUAGGAAGACAACCAGGUAGGUCCUUUUGUUUCAAAUUUCGCAAUUAUGUAUCUAGCCAUAAAGAUGGUCCCUACAUGGCUACAUGGUCAGGUUAUAUGUGCAGUCAUCACAUUUCCCAAUCCCUAUAUCCCUACAACAUUUUAAUUGCCUAAAAUGCGUAACGUAUUAUACAAUCAUUUGAAAAUAUUGGUCAGAAUUAUUUGGUAUGAUGAACGUCCAACUACUCAAACGCUUCCCAAUUUGAAGCAACUUGCCACGGCAAUUUCAAAGUACUUAAUUUUUGAUGACUAGGUUCGAACGAUAUAGAAAUCGCAACUUGUCUCGAAUUCACUAAUGAUUUUGUUGCCCAUUUUGAAAUCGAGGAGCGUUUCAGUAUUUGGGCGUAGUUUCACUUAUUAUUAUUGCACAGAUUAUGAAUAGAAAUUACGGCCAAGCCAAAGUCCAGCGGUGUUUUCCAAGCAUUUUAUUUAGUGUUAAUUUGUAAACUAAAAAAAAAAUGAUAUUGUAUAUUAGAUAGAUGAAAUUAUUUGGAAUUUAUUCGCGUGGAAUAUUUGUAUAUUUGUUUGUUUGUAAGCGCACAGCAUCCCAUACCCUUCCCCAGUAACUGACGGAUUAUAGUAAACGUAUAUUCGUGUUUAUCUGAAUGUAGAUCAACUUUGUCUUGAAACGGGAGGGAAGAAGAAACAGGAAAGUUCCUAAAUUAAUAUUUCAAAAACAAUAAUCGAAAAAUAGUCUGUCAAAUAUUAUCACGCAGAAUGCUCAAAAUUCUACAGAACUUUUAAAGAAUCUCCCGUUUCAAUCUCUUCUAAUUAUCUACAUAUCUAAUUAUAAGAACACUUGAUGUAAUGGAAUUCAUACCUUACGUGUUAAGCUUUACGAUCCUGAAUCCCAUGCACCUAAACGUUAAACUAAUGAUAUCUCUUGCUCACGGAAGAAAAAAGAUGGCGAAUUUUAGAGCUGUCAAAUUUGACCGUUAUAAAAUCCUUGUCGUCUCUUUCUUGUAACGAAUGUUAGUAAGAGAUGGCAAUAGUUUAAAUAUAGUUUAGGCGUACCUGAAAACCUUUGCUAAACCCUAUAAGCUAAAAGUUAGAAUAGUAUUUAAUUUACAAUUUAGCUCUCAUGAAUCAAAAUUAUUCAAAAAUGUCUGCAGCCGAAUCUAUAAAGUCAACACAAACUUUGGUAUCUAAUCAUUAGUUUCUCUCAUUAUCUAGAUAUCCUAAAUUACUGCGGUAAACCUACAGGAAAGCAAUUAAACUGAGAGUUUAGCUCAUUCACGUCACAGCCGUUAACAUGCGCAGGAUUCGAAAAAAAAAUACUCAUUGAUCAACUAGAACAUAACAUGUAUAGUUUUUAGGUUAGAAAAAUAAAUCUAUUUUAUACCUAAAGUUACUUUAAUAGUUGUUUAGGUAUGUGUAAAGCUCAGAACGAAGCUUCGAAACUGUCUCGUAUCCUCAUAGUGUCGCUGUGUAACGAUAGAUGGCGCUGUUCUUAAUUCAUGUCAUACGCCAACGUAUUUUUUGAAAUCGUAGCAGAUGUAAUUAUUUAAUCAUUGAUGACGUAAUUUGUGUCAGAAAGUAGUAGAGACAAUAUACGAAUUAUAUUUAAUUUCCCUAUUAAAUAUGUAUGUACAGUUAUUCUCUGUGGAUAUUGGAACCAACGCUAAUGUCUUACUUAUCUAUAUAUUCGUUGUAGUAGUGGAUUUAAACGUAUGUAGACGUUAAUAUCCCUUUAUAUAAGACAAGUAACUCCAUACUUAAAACAUUCCAAAUUGUUUAAAAGAUGUAAAUAGUCAUUGCUUGGAUCAUCGGAAAACCGCUUUCUCAUUCUAAUUGUUAAAAUAAGAAAUUAUAAUUAGAUAUAAGAACUUACUAUGAUAAAAACUAGGCUUCAUUUAGGAUGAUGGUACAAAUUUUAACAAGCUUUAGAUUAACAAUUCUGUACUCUAUCCAGCUGACAUAAGAAUUGGAUUAAAAAUGCAAAAAUGUACCUAAUUGCAAUAUAUUGAUGCAGAUGCUCUAGUCUUAUAGUAACCGUGUUAAAGAUCAAAAUCGGUUGAUACAACUGCAGAUAAAGUUUGUUAAAGUUUCUAACAUCAUUUUAAAUGAAGUAUAAAUGUUUCCGUUUUAAAGAUCUCGUGUGUUUUACUUUCUAAGUACUUAGAUACUUAAUUUGUAUUUAAUUUCAUAAAUGUACAUGUGUCGUAGAUGAAACAUGCGAAACUGGUUCUUAUCGCUAAAGGCAUAAGAUCUGUUUUGUUACUAGGAUAUGCUGUAAGUAAUUUGGAAAUUGAUGAAGUAUUUAUGUUCGAUUUUUUUGAAAGCAAUGAAACAGAUCUUAGGUUUCAUUAAUAAAAUUAAUGUUGCAAUUGUACUGAGACAUUUAUUAACAUCGAAACACUAUAAAAGUAUUAAAAAAACACUAAGUAAUACAAUUUUAUGGUAGUCACUCCAUACACUACAUAAUCAAUGUCAAAAAAAGGAAAUGUCAAUCAAAAUUUCAUGACAAAAUGUCGAAACAAGUCGUAUUUUCCGACAUCUUCCGAGUUGAUAAAUGUGUCAGUAAAGCAAGUUACCAGCUGUACCAGCACUGUAGUAUACUAGACCACGUCAUCCAAAUCACAAAUAUCAGAAUUGUAUACUAAGGGAAUUUUAGUGAAUAAAAUUUAUUGACUGGUGCUUUCACAAUA